AUGUCCAACCAGCAACACCAGACUAAUCGUCCACCACGAGACGACGAUGCAUAUCCAUACCAGCAACUCACGGUCUUGGCGCUAUGCCGCCUUGCCGAGCCCAUCGCCUUCUGCUCCAUCACAGCCUACACUUUUGUAAUGGUCGUCGACAUCAAAGGCGAAGAAAAUGCCUCAUUCUACGCUGGUCUCUUAAUCUCGGCCUUUGCCAUGGCCGAGGCCUGUACGGCCAUGAUCUGGGGACACAUCUCGGACCGCUACGGCAGGAAACCGAUCGUGCUUCUGGGACUUGCGGGAGUUGCGUUGUCGAGUCUGAUCUUUGGGUUUGCAAAGAGCUACUGGGUUGCUUUGCUGGCGAGAGUGGUGGGCGGGCUUUUGAACGGGAACGUGGCUGUCAUGCAGACUAUGGUGGCGGAGAUGGUGAAGAGACCUGAGCACGAGCCCACCGCAUACGCCGUUCAGCCCUUCGUGUGGAGUCUAGGAUCUAUUGCUGGGUCAGCGCUGGGAGGCUUCACGGCGCAACCCGCCCGAUUCUAUCCUCAUCUGUUCUCCCCCGACGGCAUUUUCGGCGAGUAUCCUUACCUCUUACCGAACCUGGUUGCCGUGGCGAUCAUCGUCAUCGCCAUUGUUCAGGGCUGCAUCUUCCUUGAAGAGACGAAUCCAGUGUCGUCGCGACCAUCAGGCACGCCCUCCAUAGUCAGCAGUGCGGAUACGGUCAAUGAGACGACGCCCCUAUGGCAACGACGGAGGAGGGAAUCGGCGCUCAGUGCAUUUUCGACAGGGACUGGCGGACUCACUUAUGUCGCCGCGGAAUCCAUGCCCGUCGCCAUCGAUCCCACUUUCGACCUUCGGCGGUCUUCCGUGGCCUCGAUUGGCUCCCUCAAGCCGUUGGUGAAGGUCGGACCACAAGUCGAAGCCGUCAUUGACGAAGACGAAGACGAUGAACGCACCAUCAGGCCAGAACACAUCAAGGCCUUUACCAAACCCGUUAUCAUGUGGACCGUGGCUCUGGUGGUCAUGUCCUAUCACUCUAUGGCCUUCGGAUCUGUUCUCCCAAUCUACCUCCUCGACGACCCGCAACGACCCGCACGCGAGCUUGACUUGAAGGGAGGUCUCGGCAUGACGCUGCACGAAGUCGGGACAUACCUCGCCGCCAGCAGCAUCAUGUCCCUGUUUUUCCAAGCGGUCGUGUUCCCCGUCUUCGUGGCGAAACUGGGUGUCUGGAAGGCCGUCUUGUCAGUCACGCUUCUCAGCCCGUUCAUCCACACCGCGGUGCCGUUCGUCUCUCUUCUCGCGAAACCGGGCGUCGGGAUCUACGCCGUACUCGCACUCCAGAGCUUCACGGGCGUCGUCUCCUUUCCUACAUUCUUGAUCCUUCUCAAAAACGCCACUCCCUCGCCGCAGGUGCUGGGCAAAGUCAACGGGCUGGCCAUGUCGGCCUGCUCCGCCGCCAGAACCGUAGGACCGCCCCUGGUCGGCGUGUUCUACAGCAGCCUGGGCUCGGCGGGGGCGUGGUGGAGUUGUGCCGUCGUGGCCAUCAUCGGGGUGGUGCAGUUCUACUUCUCCCCGCGGCCGAGGGACGAUGACGAGACGAUAUUGCGGAGAGUCUCGACGGCGGCUGUCGACGUGCAGCCGCCCAUGGCUGAUUUGGCGCGGGGUCGAGAAGAGUAG